AUGGUGGAGUAUUAUGAAGUGCUGGGGGUCCUAAGGAAUGCCUCCCAAGACGACAUUAAGAAAGCCUACCGAAAAUUAGCCCUAAAGUGGCAUCCAGAUAAAAAUCCUGACAAUAAAGAAGAAGCAGAAAGGAGGUUUAAAGAAGUUGCUGAGGCUUAUGAAGUGUUAUCAGAUCCCAAGAAGAGAGACAUCUAUGAUAAUAUGGGAAAGAUGGGCUAACAGGUGGAGGUGGUGGUGGUAGAACCCACUAUGACCAUCCAUUUGAAUUUGGUUUCACAUUCAGAAGCCCAGAUGAUGUCUUCAGAGAGUUCUUUGGAGGACGAGAUCCAUUUUCAUUUGAUUUAUUUGAGGAUCCUUUUGAUGACUUCUUUGGUAAUAGAAGAGGCCACAGAGGAAGCAGAAGUAGGCCUGGAGGAUCGUUUUUCUCAGCCUUCGGAGGAUUUCCAGGCUUUUCCACUGGCUUUUCUCCAUUUGAUUCAGGUUUUACUACAUCGUUUGGUUCCAUUGGACAUGGCGGCUUCACCUCAUUCUCCUCUUCGUCAUUUGGUGGUUCAGGAAUGGGCAACUUCAAAUCUGUUUCCACAUCGACCAAAAUGAUUAAUGGCCGGAAAGUUAUUACAAAAAGGAUUGUUGAGAAUGGUCAGGAACGAGUUGAAGUUGAAGAAGACGGCCAGUUAAAGUCCUUAGCAAUAAAUGGUAAGGAGCAGCUGCUACGCUUGGAUAACAAGUAA